AUGGCCGCUACGAAAGGACUUGCGACGCGGCUCCUAGAGCAGAUACAAGCAUCGACAGCAACAUACCUCGAGUUCCUAUCGUCGCAGUCGCUGCCAGAACCCUCCUUCGAAGAUGGCGACGGCCUCAACCCUGACGCCGAGCUGCCGCCCGAUGUCCAGCGCGCUCGAGACAGCGCUCUCGAGGCGACCGAGGAGCUGCACCGCCUGCUGCUGGGUCCCUUGGGUCUCAUCCUGAGCGCUCCUGCAGACCAAUACCUGCUCCUCAGCAUCCAAUACAUCUACCGGCACAAGAUCGCCCAGCACGUGCCGACGAGCGGCGAGAUUGCGUUCGGCGACAUCGCGGCGGCCGCUGGGCUCGAGGUGGGAGACAUGGCACGCUUCCUCAGACUGGCGACGGGGUGGCACGUCUUCCACGAGCCGCGCCCCGGGAUGCUUGUCCACACAGCGGCCUCGAGGCAGCUGGCCGGCAACAGGAUGCUGGAGGCGUGGAUCAACAACAUCGCCGAGGAGUUCUGGCCGUCCCUGGCGAGGACCGUGGACGCGGGCCAGCGCUGGCCGGGCAGCGAGGAGCCCAACCAGAGCGGCUACUCCCUCGGCCACGGCGACACCGCGCUGAGCCCGUUCGAGGUCAUCGCCGCCGACCCCUCGCGCCAGGCCCGCUUCAACGACGUCCAGAGCUUCUCGCACCGCCACCGCAGCUUCAGCGUCGACCACCUGCUCAGCGGCCACGACUUCUCGGCCGCCCGCACCCUCGUCGACGUGGGCGGCUCGAGGGGCGAGGUCGCCGCCGCCAUCGCCCGCCGGUACCCGGGCCUCGUCGACGUCGUCGUCCAGGACCAGCCCGGCGUGAUAUCGCAGCUGAGCGUGCCCCCCGAGCUGGCUGGCCGCGUGCGGGGGAUGGCGCACGACUUCCUCACGCCGCAGCCCGUCGUGGGCGCCGACGUGUACCUCCUGCGCUGGGUCAUGCACGACUGGAGCGACAAGUACUGCGUCCUCAUCCUGCGGGCGCUCGUGCCGGCGCUGAAGAAGGGAGCCAGGGUCGUCAUCAACGAUAUUUGCGCCCCGGAGCCGUGCCAGCUCGGCGUGGCGGCUGAUCGUGGGCUGCGCCAGAUGGACAUCUCCAUGAAGGCCUUCAACAAUGCCAAGGUGCGCGACGGGGCUACCUGGGCCAAAUUAUUUGCCGUAGCCGACGAGAGAUUCAAUUUUAUGGGCAUUACGCUGCCGCCGGGGGCGAGGAUGGCCAUCAUUCAGGGCGAGUGGACUGGCGAGGACCAGGCCAAUGGAUCAGAGACGGCGUAAACACUCAACGAAGUUACUAGCAAUGCCACAUAAAUUAUUUCAUCACAUGCAUAAUAUAUCAGUUCACUACCAUGCGAGUCAACUUAAGCUUUGAGUGAUGUUACCUGCUGGUUCAAUCCUGCCUCUUCUCCUCCUCCGCCUCCCACGUAAACGUCCACUUAACCCCCUUGGCCUCCUCUCUCUCCGUGAUCCGCACCUCAAUGUCCUCCACAGGCGUCAUGAUGCUCGUCGUGAUAUGACUCUUCGUCUUGGGCACGACCCACGACCGCCCAUGCGCAGGACUCACGUCGUACCUCGGCAGCAUCAUCACCAAGAUCGCCGAGAUCUCGUUCGUGGCGAAGAACCGGCCCGGGCAGACGCUCGCACCGCUCCCGAACGCGCGGUACGCCGAUCCGGGCACCUUCUUCUGCCCGAGGAACCGCCCCGCGUCAAAGGCCGACGCCGUGGGACCCCAGACGUCCGCGUUGCGGUGCAGCUCGGCCGAGGGGGUCAGGAGCGUGGCGCCCUCUUUGAGCAUGUACCUGUCGUCGAUGAGCGUGUCCCGCAGCACGACGCGCCCGGAGGCGUUUGUGCUGUGGACGCGGAGCACCUCGCGCACGAGCGAGUCGAGCAGUCUACAGCCGGCGAUGACCUCGGGGAGGUUGAUGCUCGCAGUGGCCUCCUCUUCUCUCCGAACAAAGGCGCCAAUGUCCCGUCUGAGACUGGCGAGCAGGGACUCGUCGGAGUAGACGUGGUACAGCACCCAGGCCGCCGUCGGCACGGUGUUUACGAGCAGGCCGUACGAGACGCUCAGGUUGAAGUGCUCCAUGUCUGUCUGCGACAGCCCGUGCUGCAGGCUCACGGCGUGGCGGGACCUGAUGAGCGCAGAGGCUGUACUUGGGCCGUCUUCGCUGUAGUACCUGUGCAUGGCGUCGAAGAAGAGCUUCCGUGCUCGGCUGCCGCGAGGGGUGAUGAGGCCUGGCAGCACGUUCAGCCCAAGGAGAAUGAACUGCUCGUCGAUGGUCCUGGAUCGCGGUCAGCUACAGAUCAGAAGCUAAAGUCAAAAGGAGCAGUAGGGGAUCGGCGUACCAGAACGCAUCGUAUACCUCAGGGUCGUGAAACGGGUUCUUCUCCGGCCCGUACACGGCGUCGGUGCUCGCCCUGGUGA